CCAAAACGGAUCACGUGACAACUAAGCCGAAAAAGACUUUCUCGACUUGUGUCUCCAGGAUGCACGUCGCCAAAAGCAGAGUCGACAAGCCAGGGGGAAUGAAGUUCAAAGUUGGGUCCAAACGAAGGCACAACCGAUCGUCUCUGGAGAGACGAUCGGUUGCGCCUUCAGAUGUUUCCAAGGCAUCUGUAUCCCGUCAGGGAACGGUUGUGCCUUUGGAUUCCGGCCCUGUUAAGGGAUUACCACGUUUGCUAGACCUCGACCGUGGCGUGGACGGACAGGAGGAGAUACUGAAUUGUAUUGAUUCAGCCUCUUCGCAAGCGUCUAUUCCUGGGAUGGGAAAAGUCGGGGGCGGUAAUACUCAGAAUCUGAAUCCCUUCAUUGCACCGCCCGGAGCCACCCCGAUAUUAGGCUCAAUAUCAAUAUCUCGACCUUCUGCCUCGUCUUCUCACCCUCCUAAGUCCGAUACCGUCGCCCCCAGAGGACAGUCUACUGCCAUAACCACUUUCCCACACGUUACUCCUGCUUCUGCGCGUGCCGACCCUGGCACUUCGGUAUCUGUGUCACCCGAACAAAGGACAACACCGGCUCGAAACUCUCGGAAACACAAGGUCUCUCAGCCCCUGUUAAAUAACCCUGGUUUAUCUCCUGCAACGGGAUCUUCUGCAGGCGAGGAGCGGCCAUCCAAGCCUGUCCGCCGAGGGAUUGCAACUAGGAAACGUCGACCGAAGACCGCUGAAGAAAUAGCAGCAGAGGACAGAGAGGCGGAAGAAAGGGAGCCCCCAGACCCAACUCAGAUCACCAUGUCUCAACUAGUUCGUGACAUGCCCGUCGGUAGAUCCGCUCCUGGGCGUUCGGAGAAGAUCCAGAGACUGGAAGAAACCAGACGGCGUAAUAGAGAACUGCGUACAUCUCUUAGGGAGCGAGACAGGCGGCUGACGAUGGGCUUGCCAAGAGACCCUGAGGAUGACAGUCUAAACGUUCCAGAGACUAUGGCCCCCCCACUCACUGAGUCCAAUAAUGCCAGCGUGGGAGUCGUGGGCGGGCCAUCUGAACCGAUUCUGGAUAGGGAUGAUGAUAUGGACUUCAUUAACCGCCUGCCAGGGCAUGCGAUAGUCCCCCGUAUGAUGAUGGACGAGCAUGGCAGGAUCGCUGUAGACGAGAGAUCAAUGACUUAUACUCGACCAGAUGUUGUUCCAGACGACUCAAUGAGGCAUAUAACUGAAAGAGAAAGUGACAGGUUUGUCAACUCACAGUCACACUCUAGAAGGAACAAGGGGGGGCAGCGAUGGUCAAAAAUCGAGACUGCAGAGUUCUACCGCUGGUUGUCCAUGUUCUAUAUGGAUUUCGAGUCCAUUGCGCGGGUCAUGCCAGGGCGGACCCGUGCAGAUAUCAAACGGAAAUUUAAAGCUGAGGACAAAAGGAAUUCACAGCUCAUUGAUAUGUACCUCAAAAAUCAAGUGCCCAUUGAUCUUGACGAAUACAGUCGUAUCACUGGUAAGGAUAUCACUGGGCCUGUCCCUGUUGUAUCUAUACCGUCUAAACCUGCUUCUUCAAAUGUUUCGAACAUUGUCGAGGGGAUGGGGCCUGCAAAUUUGGGAGAAGCAGACGAAGAGGGUGACAAGGAUGUCAUGGAAGCGGGUCCUGCAGUUGGGAAUGAAGUUCGUUCCAUGGUGACCAUGGUCACACCGGCUGUUCUUGGUGGUGCACCCAUCCCCAUUCAAGUUGGCCGGCCUAGUCGCUGAUAGUGUUCAGUUGCAUGACCAAAAGGGCGAAUCUGCAAUUUAGUAUUCUUAUUCCAUAUGAUUAAUCAUGAUGGCAGCUAGCACUGAAUGGUGCCGCAUGGCCCUGUGUUGUUGCAGUGCUGAUUCCCGCUACUCUGUAGCGGGUCCUAUGAAUCUUUGCGACGCGAAAAGCCUAUAGCCGUGCAAGAGGUCCUCUAUCAUUGCCAAUACCCUAGGUUUCCAAUUCAUUUCUUGUUAUUUAAUGGAGG